AUGGAGAUCGAUUCCCCUCCGCCAUGCUCAUCUCCAUCAAUGCACUCAUCGCCAGUCUCUUCUCGUCUUUCCGUUGUUUGUUCUUUAUCCGAUCACUAUUCAAGUCAAAGCAGUCCCCAAUCAUCGCCAAUGUCGAGAAGAAACUCGAUCUCUGAAGCGCAAGAGACGUGGAGACGAGUGAAAGGAGUGAACAAAGGAAAGAGUCAUCAGGUCGACAUCGAGCAUCGUUUGGCGGCAUUGGCCCAUGAAAACGAGCGCCUCCGAGCGCAACUUGAAUCAACGAAAAAUCGAGGCUCACUCCCAUCAGCAAGCUCAAAUGGAACAAUUUCUGUUUUCGAUUUGCCAUUUGCCGGCACAACAGCUCCUUUGGGCCUGCCAGGGGGGAGUCAGCCAAUUGAUCCAAGUGCCAUGCAAAAGUUACAGGCUCUCUACCCAGCCGGUAUGGUGAUACCCGAGCACUCGCAAAUCCCGAUGCUUCACCUCUGCCAGCUUCAGGCCGCUCUACAGCAACAGUACGGUUCAUCGAGUUCACUCUUUAACCCAUACUCGUCGAUCACCGCUGGGAAUGGCUCGGUUUUGUUGCCAAAUCCACAAGCAACGGCCAAUCAACCGGGCACCUCAUCAGCUUUUCAACCAUUCAAAGCGCAAAAGAGCUCAGUGAUCAAAACGACUCGCGAAAGGAUCAGCCCCGAUUCGAGCACCGAUCCGAUUGUGAAAACGGGGGCACAAAGAAAAGAUCAUUCCACUCCGCCGAAUCAUCGAAGUAAUCACUCGGCAUCCGGCAACUCGCUUCUCGGCGCUUUGCUUUCAAAUAGGAGACCAUCACCCACCGUACCCCAAAGCAGCACCGAGCGUCGCAGCGGUCUUGCCAGCCCUCCCCGAGAGCAAAAUCAUAAUAAUCUACCACCCUCGGUCCCACCCGUUCCCUCAGUCUCUCCAUCACAUGCCGGCUCCUCGUUCUCCUCGGUUUCCCUAUCGAUGUCAGGAAGCUCGAAAUCAGAUAGUGAAAGUCAUUCCUCGGCAUCACUCUCACCAACGGACCGCAUUCAAAAUGGAGAGGAGAAGGAGGGAAAUCGAAAGCAGCAAUACAUGGAACGAAGACGACGAAACAACGAGGCGGCGAAGAGAUGUCGAGCAAAUCGAAGAGCCGUCUUCGAGUACAGAAGUCGACGAGUUGAAGUUUUGGAGGGUCAAAACGACGAUUUGCGCAAAGAAAUCGACGACCUGAAACAAGAGAUUGAACGUUGUCGGACAAUGAUCCUUCAGAGAGAACAAAAUAACCAAAUGAGC